UCUAACUCCAUCGUGAAGUUCCAGUCCUUUCACUGAUAUAAUUAACAUGAUGUUGGGCAUUUUUACGAAUAUAAAAGGGGUAGCAGUCCCUAGUCUUCCUGACCUACCCAACACAACACAUCAAUUUCCAAGAUCCGCUUCAGAAUAUAUAUCAACGCAGCACUUUGUCAGAACCAAGGUUGAACCAUCUUCGUCUUUGACCAUGACCUCGAAUACCGCUACCACCAAUGGCCCCAACUGCCAUCCUACUGCCCUAGAGAUCGUACAGAACAAUGGCCUGGAAGGCAAGCUCAAGAACAAGGUCAUCCUGAUCACUGGUUGCUCCUCAGGCCUCGGCAUCUACACAGCCCAAGCCCUCUCCGUCACCGGAGCGUCGCUCUACCUCACCGCGCGUGACUUGAAAAAGGCAGAGGCAGCAUUGGGAGACCUCCUGAAGCAACCCAACGUCCACCUCCUGACUCUGAACCUCGAUUCGCUGGCCAGCGUGCGGGCCUGUGCGGAAGAAUUCCUGUCCAAGAGUACCCAACUGAACAUCCUGAUCAACAACGCCGCGGUCAUGGCAACGCCCGAGGGCCGGACACAGGAUGGAUUCGAGACUCAAUUCGGUACCAACCAUCUGGGCCAUUUCCUGCUUUUCAACCUACUAAGGCCCACCCUGUUGGCUUCCUCGACGCCCGAGUUCAACUCGCGUGUGGUCAAUGUCUCGUCUAUGGCGCAUCGUUGGGGCGAGGUUGUCUUUGAUAAUCUUACCCUGGAAGGGAUCUAUGAGCCGUGGAAGUCUUAUGGUCAGAGCAAGACUGCGAAUAUCUAUAUGGCGAACGAGAUUGAGAAACGGUUUGGCGCUCAGGGCCUUCAUGCAUUUAGUCUCCAUCCGGGUGGUAUUCGAACCGGUCUGCAGCAGUACGUCCCCAAAGAGCAGAGGGACGCAUGGGAGACAGACGAUGUAAUAUCUAGUGUGUGGAAAACCCCGGAGCACGGGGCGGCCACUACUGCGUGGGCCGCCGUGGCCAAGGAACUAGAGGGAUAUGGAGGCAAGUAUCUCGAGGAUUGUCACAUCGCUAAGGCGUACGAUCCUAGCACCGGGAUGGCAGGAGAGGGAUACGCACCUUGGGCGUAUGAUGAGGCAAAAGCGGCCAAGUUGUGGGAAGUGUCGCUGAAGCUGGUUGGAAUCUGAUAUGACGUCGGGAGUCCGCAGGAGAAAGACUAGUUCCAGCGCUUGAUUUACUAUUAGCUAGAAUGUACUCUAAGAAUAUGUAUCCAAUUUUGACUAAGAUCCGAUUUGUUUGCAGGAUAGACC